AUGAAGAUAAUCCUCCUGUACCUAUGCCUUGUGACCACAUCUUGUGCAGUACUGCUGCGCAAACCCCGCAGAGCAGGAUUUGGAAGCAAGAGUGAAGAAAUGAUGCAAUAUGGUCCAUAUGCGUAUAUGAACUCACCACAAUUGGCACCUUUCUUAUAUGGCUAUCGCCCAAGUUACCCACAGCUGUUCCCUCAACCUCUGCAAAGAUUUUACUUAUGGCCACAACAAACACCAGUACAUCAAGCUGCUAGGCUACCCCAGCACAAGCCACACCAAAUUCCAGCAGCUAGGCAGCCCAUCCACAGGCCACAGGUGAGGCCACAGGUGAGGCCACAGCAGCCACACAAGCCUAUACAGCAACAGCCACAUCCAAAAAUACAGCUGCCACCGAAGAAGCCUCCAAAUACCAGUCCUCCUCAGACUCACCAUCAAGUGCCAGUGCAUCAACCCAAAGUGAUCAGACAGCAGCAACCUCAAAUAUUGUUCCCAAAUCAGCAGCAUCUCUGGCAUUUCCCACAGAUUUAUGGUCAAGGAGGCUUCCAUCCACAACCAUUUGGCCCAUUUCAUGGACAUAUGCCUGCUGGAUUUGGACGGCCACCAGUCAGCAAUGAAGAAGGGACUCCAUACUAUGGCUAUGGCUAUGGCUAUCCAGGUCUGGGUGGCAGGCCCUAUAAUUCUGAAGAGUUUGAACAAGACUAUGAGAAACCCAAAGAAAAAGAUCCUCCCAAUACAGAAAGCCCAGCAACCAAUGCAACAGACACAAAUUCAACUCUUUCCAAUCCAUCCAGCCAAGCAGGGAAUGCUACCAAUUCUGGGCUCAGUGUAACUGACAAUGGGGCCAAGUCUCCAAACCUUGAAAGCAGGCCGCUUGUUGGAAAUGGGGUGCCAACACUAUCACCUACUCUUCAUGUCUCAAAAGGUGAUGCAGCAGCACAGAAUGUCAUCAGUCAAUCCAUUCAUAGAGCCAGCUCUCCAAAUAUCAAUCACAUAAUUCAAAACUUGCCUCCCGAUAAGCAACAAUCCACAGGAAAUGGUCUGCAUGUCUACAAACCCUAUCCAGGUAUGGAAGAGUCAAGGCAUAACACUUACAUUUCUAGAGGGAAUCCCUCUGAACAUCUCGAAAACCCAGCAUAUCCGUCAGUUUAUGGGGAGAGCUCCAAUCAGAGAGGCAAUCUCCAGAACAUAAACAACAACAACCCAUCAAUAAACAGUAGAGCAAACUUGUAUGGACAACAAGAGCAUCCCCAUUACCCUGAGAAGAACCCGUCAGACCAAAGACAAAUAUUACCAUUUCCCAGCUCUGAUCCACAAAGCCAAUGGAAUAAUGAUCCAGUCUACAGGGAUAACAGCCUCAAUAGGUUCCCACCUGAAGGUGCUUCCAUGGAUGGGCAGUUCAAUACAUUAGGGCAAGCUGAGAACUCCUAUAAUAUCAGGAAAGACACAGAACAGUUCCAGCUUCCUGGAAUGCACCAGCUGAGCUCACUUUCCCCUCAAGGAGUAUUUUUACCCACAAAAAGAACUUUGUCUGAGGCAGAAACUCACCCGUUUCACUGGAAAGAGCAGAGCUUUAAUCUUCCAGUUCAUGAAAGAGAACAAUUCCCACCUCCAAGAAACCAUGUGUGGAACAAACAGGAGGACUUGCCAGUCUUCCAAGAUGAUCCCCCUAGAUACAACUCAAGGCAUGUAUCAGGUGAUUUUGGCCAGAGGGAACAUAUUUCAUACCCCGAAAAGAGUUCCUAUGACCAACCUCCCCGUUCCUUUUAUCCUGAUACAUGGGAAGGGAGAGAAAGCUCUCCCACACUUGGUCCUGCGGGCCAAAGGGAACGCCCUUUAUACUCUUCGGUUGUGCCUUCAAGUCAGGUACAAAGAAACUCUUACCAUAGAAGUGAUCCUUUUGUUCAACAAGAGCGAGAAGUGUAUCCCAGGCAAACUCCAUGGGCCCAUGAAAAACAUGUGCUUGACCAGGACAGAGAGUAUAGAAACCCUCCCUAUAAUCCAGCUCAUCAGCAUGCAUAUCCAAAGUAUUCCCCAGAAAAUCCAUCCAACCAAAGAAGAGCUAACAUGCCAUACCAGGAAAUUAACCCCUGGAACCCAGAAGAACAUUCCCCACCAUAUGCUGCAGAACACUUGAGACAAACAGAAAAUAUUCCUUACCGUAGGAACAAUGAAUUUGGACAUACAGAGAGGAAUAUUCCUAAUGAAAGAACAAACUCUCCACCACAAAGCACCACAUUUCUCCAAGGAGGAUCACAAUACUCGGAAAGAGACACUUGGAGCCCUCACAGGAUGGGGCCUUCCAUUCAGAAAGAAGCAUCACCUUAUUUUAAUAGCUAUUCCCUGGAUUUCAGAAGAAACCCAACACAUAUGGAAGACACAGGGGGUGCUCACAUUUCCAAUGUUAACACAGCAGAAAGAAGAAAUUAUCCUGACAGAUUGGGAUACCCAGAUGACUACCCAAGAGAGCACAGAACAAUCACCUCAUACCCAACCGCCAACCGUUUGUGCUGUGCAGGUGAUUCCACAGUGCCAAGAGAAAACUCCCUGGCUCCAUUAAGAAGUGCUCCUCAAUUCAGACUUGCAUCAUGGGAACAAAGAGGAAGUUCACUAUAUCCAGAGGCCAAAUUUGACCAUAUUAAGCAAGGUAGCCAUACACUGUACCCAUCCGGUAUGCAAUCUUCACUGAAGACUGAAAAAAGCCCACCUACUCAAAGAGAAAAUCUGGGUGUCUUUGAAGAGGAUGUAGUGGGUCUGGAGAGGGCCCCACCCUGCUUCAGAUCACAGUUAGGCCAAGAGAAUGGGCAUGAAGUCAACCAUGAAACUGGAUUAACGCCCACUAGGAAUACACCUUGUUAUGGAAGAAGUAUCCGAGGGGAUGGGCACAGUGUCCUUGAACGGAUCAUUCAACCCAAAAGAGAGCUCGGAAUGGCAGCUGCAGUCAAGUUUGUUCCUCAAAAAGGCCCACCGGCACAAGGGAUCAAAAGCGUAACUUUCGAUAGCAAAGGCAGUCGGAAAGAACAGCAGGCAGUGCUUGGGUUCAAGGGAAUCCCAUGUUUGGUAAACCAGUUAAAACAGCUUUUAUCCAGCACAGGAGCUCCAUCUGGUGACAAACAGCAAGAUCUUUUUUAUGCAGAGGAUCCGACACUCAUCAAGCAAUCGUACGUCAUAUUGCCCGAACCACAUCCCCUGUCCAGCACUGAUCCUUCCUAUGACCCAGAAGAGAAACCCUUAACGCCCAGUUCUCCGGGAGAAGAUUUGGCUGAUCAGCCAAAUGAAAGGACAUCAGACUGUUUACUUCUCCAAAAAUAAAUGAAACAAAAGAACCUCCUCUUUGAACUCGGGGAAAGCAUUUCUGAGAAAAUGAUAACAGCAUGUUCUUUUCAGAGUGAGGUAUGAUAUUAAAGGAAGUCAACACAGCUGUGUAAUGCUGAGAAAAGCAGAAAUGUAUAGAUAAGGUUGUGUUAUGUGUAUAGAUUUUCAGCUUUUUGAGGCCUCCA